CUUAUAAAAACCUGUUCUAAGAUGUUGUAACCUUCAUUCCGCUUUUUUUUGUCUUCUUUUUGUUCAAUGACUUUUACCUUAUCUGGUAAAUGACAAGUUGGCAUAUGAUUGUUACUCUUUUUUUCAUUUGAUUUUUCUUAAUUGUCCUGUUAAUUUUGUUUCAUUGUAUUUGGUUUAAAUUCGAGUCCAUUUGUUAUAUUGGAUUACAUUGUGAUUAGAAGAAAAUGGAUAUGAAAUUGGUUUUACUGUUUUUAACCAUUGGUUUGGUCCAAGGUGAUAUGAUGAGGAAAAGUAUCGUUUUUGAUAUUAAAACACCAAAGGUUUUCUAUUGUCCACAAGAAAAACCAACUGAUGUUAAUAAAAUGAUUGUCAAGUCCCGUUCAUUAGACAAAUUGUGUGAAUUUGAAGGUAAAGGUAUACCUAAGAAUUCAAAGUCUGACUGUUACAAUGAUAUCGAUGAGACUGAAUAUGCUUGUGCUGAAAAACAAAGAAUUUUGUUACGUAUCAAUCCACCAAAUGAUACAGAGACCACAACAACUGCUAUUCCAUCACCUGAUAUGCCAGAAUAUAUCAAGAUUAACAAGAAAGACACUGGAUCAGGUAAACCAGGAAAAUCCAAGAAAUAUUAAUCAUCUUUACCAAAAAAAUUAAGGUUCCUCUUCAAAUUAUCCAUUGGAAACCUGAUUGAUUAUAUUUUUCUAUCAAAGUGUUAAUGUGAUCUUAAUUAUACUGCUUUUCCUACAUUGAUUUACCCAAAUCUCUGUUUAACCAUUUAAUAAGAAAACCACCUCACUGAAGACAAUAAUCAUUAAUCUCUCAAGCAAUUUAUAUUGUUGAUUACUCCUUGUCAAAAUUAUAUUAUCCAAACAAUUUUCUACUCCAAUGUAAACAGUAUAGAAAAUUAGAUUCCACUUGAUUUCUAUAAUGUUUUUUUUGUUCGAAUCUCAAAUCUCUGUUAACACGAAACAAAUGAUUAAUUAAUCAUCCAGGUAAUUAGGAUCCAUGAACUAAGCUUUUUAGAUCAUGAAAAGAAAUAUAAAAAAAUAUAUUAGAAAUCAAGUUAAAUCUAAUAUUCUGUAUCGUAUCAUUAUUACAAUUAUUUGUGAUUUUGUUCAAUGUCAAUUUUUAAUUUCUAUUUAUCACUUGGUUAAGAUGUUAAGAAGAUAAUUUUUAGGAUUUAAUUAUUUUCUUAAAUUCAAUUGUUACAUCGUGAUUAUUAUCUAAAAUUUAAACUAACUCUUAACAAUUGAAGGUAAAGAAAAUUUUUAAAUUUCCUCAAGGUAACUUUUUCUCAUCUGUUGAUUACUAAUUAAAUUAAUUUUCUUUCAUCAGGUAUAAAACUAUAAAGGUAAACAAUUUAUCAAUUCCUUUUCUAAAAUAAUUAAUUUUCUUACUUAUGGUAUUAAUUAUUAUUCAUGAUUGGAAUAAAAAUUUUCUACAACUAUUAAUAAUAUUUCCAACAAACACAAUCAACAACAACAACAAUUAAAUCGCAUCAGCGGAAAAACACAACAAACCAAUGACCUAAAUUCCGAAAAUCGAAACAAUAGAAAACAAAAAAAAAGAAACAAUCACCAAUAGAAAGAAGAAGAAGAAGAAGAAGAAGAAGAAGAAGAAGAAGAAAACCAAAAA